AUGGAUAGUUCUUACUUGUCCAUACCCGGCCCGUUAAAAGGUCCUGGGAAGAAUCCCAUGCAGCCUCUUCAGAAAUACUUUGUUGAAUUGGAAAAAGGCAAGGAAAAACUUGGGGAAAAACUUGGGGAAAAACUUAGUUCUUCAAGCAACAGUAAAAUUUCGACAGAUGGACCAGUAUUUCGUAAGUUUCCAAAUCUUCCCAUAGAUAUUCGACUCCUUGUUUGGGAAGCUGCUUGCGAGGACGGGCAGAUUAUUCCUGUUCAACUCAAACAGGUUUUCGUGUCUGUGCACUCCCCAUUCUGGGACCAUUGUGAUGGCGCACAAAGACCAAGGCGAAAGAGGGGCAAAGAUUUACGCCUGGUGGCUUGUUCCUUACAUUCAUGUAUUUUUAUGGUGAACAAAGAAGCGAGAAAAGUAGCCCAGAAGUUCUACUCUAUUGUGGAUUCUCUUCCUCCAGGCUAUCAUCCAGUGCUAUUAAAUCCAAAUAACGAUUUACUUUGUCCUGUCACGGAUGAUGCACUACAUUAUAUCCAAAGGAAGGAAAACGAAGGAAGGAAUUUGGGUUUUGGGCUUGUCAAAUGGGAGUUUUUCAAAAAGCAUGAGCGAUGUCGUUGGUAUAAAGGGGCCAAACCCAAGGGGUGGAUUCUCCGAAAAUAG